AUGGGAGUCCUCCAGAAAUAUCUAGCCCUACUCCCCCUUCACUGGCCGGGACUCGGACUGGCAACUUCCUCAACCAACACCACCGACAUCCUCGACCUCAUCAACCCCCUCAUCGGAUCCAACAACGGAGGCAACGUUUUCGCUGGCGCCAGUCUUCCAUACGGCCUUGCCAAACCCGUCGCUGACGUCGACGGACAAAACACCGCCGGCUUCUCUACAGACGGCAGCAAUGUAACCGGCUUCUCGUCUCUCCACGACGCAGGCAGCGGCGGGAAUCCUUCCCUAGGCAACUUUCCAAUUUUCCCGCAGUAUUGCCCAGAAAAUGAGAUCGACAAUUGUCAUUUUUCGAAAGAUGCGCGUAAAGUGCACUAUGCGAAUGACUCGGUCGUCGCACGACCGGGAUAUUUUGCCCUGUCCUUGGAGACUGGGAUUCGGGCGGAGAUGACGGCGACCGAGCAUGCUGCUCUGUAUCGGUUUACGUUUCCGACUGCCACGAGUUCGAAUGGAUCUGAGCUGGACCCGGUGAUGUUGAUUGAUUUAACCGAUUUGUGGGAUAGUCGACAGAAUGCUUCAAUUAGUAUCGAUGCCGACACUGGGCGAGUCAAGGCAAAUGGGACCUUUUUACCCAGUUUCGGGGCGGGCUCUUAUAUGUCGUAUUUCUGUGCUGACUUUGAGGGCGCUUCCAUCCGUGAUAGUGGAAUUUGGGUGAAUGAUAGAGCUGGCAACGAGCGCAAUGACCUCUUUGUCACGCGCGGCUUCAAUCUGUUUUAUAUUCAAGCGGGUGGUUUUGUGCGGUUUCAGCGACCGGAGAAUGGCACGGUGAAUGUCAGGGUUGGUGUCAGUUUCCUCAAUGGGGAUAAAGCAUGCGAAAAUGCCAAAAGGGAAAUUCCUGGACCAGUGUAUGACUUUGAUGGGAUUCGGACACGCGCAGAGGAUGGAUGGAGGGAGAAACUGAAACCUGUAUCCGUGCAGACUGGGGGCGUGGAUAAGGACCUGCAGACGAGCUUCUGGAGUGGAAUCUACCGGACGAUGCUUUCGCCGCAGGAUUUGACCGGCGAGAAUCCUCUCUGGGAGAGCGAUGAGCCGUACUUUGAUUCUUUCUACUGUAUCUGGGACUCUUUCCGAGUACAACAUCCUUUCUUAACGAUAGUCGACCCUCAGACGCAAUCGAGAAUGGUGCGAAGUCUUCUGGACACAUACAAACACGAGGGAUGGCUACCAGAUUGUCGCAUGAGUCUAUGUAAAGGCUGGACGCAAGGCGGAUCGAAUGCAGAUGUCGUCCUGGCCGAUGCAUACGUCAAGAACCUAACAGGUAUUGACUGGGAUCUAGCAUACGAAGCCAUGGUAAACGAUGCCGAGAAUGAGCCUCUGGAGUGGUCAUACCAAGGUCGCGGUGGUCUCCAGAGCUGGAAGAAUCAUCAUUACAUCCCCUACCUGGACUUUGACUAUCUGGGAUUUGGGUCCAAUACUCGAAGUAUAUCCCGCACCUUGGAAUAUUCCUACAAUGACUACAGUUUAUCGAUCGUGGGAAAGGGACUCGGGAAGGAAGAUUAUACCAAAUAUCUAGCCCGGGCUAGUAACUGGCGGAAUCUGUACAAACCGGAUCAGACGUCCUUUGUUACGGGGAAUGACACCGGGUUUGUGGGUUUCUUUCAGCCAAAGUAUCUUAACGGGACGUGGGGAUAUCAGGAUCCAAUUGCCUGCAGUGAAUUAUCAGGUUCCUGGUGUUCUCUCACAUCCAAUCCCUCUGAGACUUUCGAGUCCAGCGUAUGGGAAUAUCAAUUCUUCGUUCCCCACGACAUGGCCUCACUUAUACAGCUACUUGGUGGCCCAGAGAAUUUCGUAUCUCGCCUUGACUUCUUCCAUACCUCCGGCCUGGCCGAUAUAGGCAACGAGCCUGUCUUCCUGACCGUAUUCCAAUACCAUUAUGCCGGUCGACCUGCGCUAUCAUCUCGUAGCGCUCACAGUUAUAUCCCCUCAUCCUUUAACGAUACCACAUCCGGACUCCCCGGAAAUGACGAUUCAGGUGCCAUGGGUGGAUUCACCGUAUUCUCCAUGAUGGGCCUUUUCCCUAACCCAGGUCAGAAUGUUUACCUUAUUACAGCCCCAUUCUUCGAAGCAAUCAGUAUAACGAACCCUGUGACGAAUAAAACGGCUACAAUCCGCAAUGUCAAUUUCAACAAGGAUUAUAAGAGAGUGUUUAUCCAGAGUGCGAAAUUGAAUGGCCGGGAUUAUAAAAGGAAUUGGAUCGGACAUGAGUUUUUCACGGAGGGAAUGACGCUUGAGUUGACAUUAGGGGAUGAGGAGAGUGACUGGGGGAUGGGAGAGGACGCUUUGCCACCGAGUUUGGGCGGUAGUACUGGCUCUGAUACUGAUUAG